UAUGUGUACGGCAGUUUAGUCAGACAACACACGCGACAAAAUUGGUGAUCCCGACGUGAUAUUUCGACAGCGACGACAAAUUGGUGUCGUUGACGAUAACUGGUUCACCCUGACGACAAAUUGUUGAUCCCAACGGCAAAUUUCUACCCCGUCGACAAAUUGUCCAUCGCGACAACAACUUUUUCACCUCGACGAUAACUUUUUCACUGCGACGAUAAUUUGUUCACUCCAACGACAUUUUGUUCACCCGGACGCAUCAUUACACUUGCUGGAUUAUUUAAACUCUAACUUUAUCGGAUAUAUAUGCAUAUAAUAGACAUUUCGAGCUCAUUCUUGUGCUUUCUCAUCGCACAACUUGCAGUAAUCUGUGGUAAGCAUCUGCAUUGCAUGUUUUCUGUUUUGCCAUAUUCUUGGUGUGCAUAAUUUUUGCUAUUUUGUUACUGUUAAACCAUUUUUCUACGAAUUGUAUCAUGUCUUCCAAUACCUCUAAUAACUUAGAGCUGGGAUCUUUUAGUACCAUUUCUCUUACUGUACCAGUUUUUAGGCCCAGAGACCCUCAUCUUUGGUUUGCACGACUGGAAAAUUAUUUCACUGCCAAUAAGCUCACGUCACAGACGGCUAAAUUCGGCAUAUUGAGUACAGUACUACCAGACGAAAUCGCCGAACAGGUUCGACAAUGCAUCGUUCAGCCCAGCACAGACUCUCCUUACGACAAGUUGAAGGAUGAGGUACUUCGAUGCACUUCACUUUCUGAUAGACAAACACUCGAUCGUUUGUUAAGCAAUGUAGAGCUAGGUGAUAAAACCCCAUCACAACUCAUGAGGCACAUGGAAAGCCUAGCAGCAGGAAGAGAUAUCGACAAACGUCUCUUUUACCAAAUCUGGCUGCGACGACUGCCUGCAAACAUUCAGCAAGUUCUUGCUUUCGGAGACGACGAGAUUGACAUGGAAAAGCUCACCAAAUUUGCGGAUCGCAUGUACGAGAGGUCAACACCUCAAUCUGUUGCUUCCACUAGCAGAAUACCAGACACUCACGACAGGAUACAGACUCUAGAACACAAAGUCGACACCGUACUGAGUCAGUUAGCAGCACUGACCACAAACACACGACCAAGCCGUUCUAGAAGCUCGUCUCGUCGACGUCUUUCUUGGUCACCCAGCACGUCACGACAUCACGAUACUAUUUGCUGGUACCACCGUAGUUACGGAGGCAAUGCACGACGGUGUCGUUCACCUUGCAACUUUCAGUCUAAAUCAAAAGAUAUAUCAUCAUGUAUGAAAACUUCUACUGUUGGCAAUCUACGAUCUAGCAGUCGUUUGUUUUAUGUAACAGAUAGAAAUACCGGUACUACGUUCUUAGUCGACACAGGAGCAGAGGUUAGUGUUCUCCCUCCGUCUACGCAGGAACGUCAACAUCCUGACCCUGCAGUUACGCUCCAAGCAGUUAAUAAGUCUAAUAUUGUUACAUAUGGUAGUAAACGAAUGACUUUAGAUUUUGGUCUGCAGAAUACCUACACUUGGUCUUUCAUCAUCGCAGACGUUCCAUCCCCAAUCCUUGGUAUAGAUUUUCUACAGCAACACAAACUGCUAGUUGAUCCGGUAAGCCCUAAGCUUAUAGACUCGCUCAAUAAAAAGUACAUCGCUGGUACGAUUAGCCGUGCAUCAUCGCUGAACUUGAUGGUCACACGCACACCAGCAUCUCCAUAUACUGACUUAGUAAAUCAGUUCCCUGACCUUCUACAACACUCUUUCCGAGCAACAGAACUAAAGCAUCAAGUGGUUCAUCACAUUAAAACCACUGGACCACCAGUUUUUGCACGUCCUCGACGCCUUGACCCACAUCGACUUAAAAUCGCAAAAACAGAGCUUGGCAUUAUUCGACCAUCCAACAGCUCUUGGUCUUCACCGCUGCACAUGGUACCCAAAAAGUCUUCUGGUGAGAUACGGCCAUGCGGGGAUUAUCGAGCUUUAAACAAGCAAACGGUACCUGACCGAUACCCCAUACCGCAUAUUCACGAUUUCGCCAGCAACUUGCCAGAGGUUAAAAUUUUCUCCAAAAUCGACCUUGUUCAAGCGUACCAUCAUAUUCCCAUCCACCCGGAUGACGUUCCAAAAACUGCUAUCACCACGCCAUUCGGCUUAUACGAAUUCGUACGCAUGCCUUUCGGGCUGAUGAACGCCGCUCAGACAUUUCAACGUCUCAUCGACCAAGUACUCCGCGGCCUGCCCUUCGUCUACGCAUACAUUGACGACUUACUAAUUGCAAGUGCAGACGAAACCGAGCAUGUGAAACAUGUGAAGACGGUGUUCGAAAGACUUCACAAAUACGGCAUGACUAUCAAUUUAGAUAAAUGCGAAUUUGGUAAGAAAUCACUGAAAUUCCUCGGUCACUUGAUUGACAGUCAAGGAAUUAGACCAGUCCCCGACGAUGUACAAGCCAUCAAAGACUAUCCAUUACCAGAUUCUUUCAAGAAAUUACGGCGAUUUUUGGGUCUAGUCAAUUUUUACCGGCGUUUUAUCCCGAACUGUGCUAGAGUUUUGCAACCGUUGACCGACUGCUUACGUGGACAUAGUCGUUCAUUCCAUUUGCCUGCAGAAGCUGUUAAAGCAUUCGAAGCUGUUAAACAAUCGUUAAAUGACAAGACGCUCUUAGUCAGACGCCAGAAUGACGCCCCCUGUCUCUCAUGACAGAUGCUUCAGAUGUCGCCAUUGGGG